GAUUACUGAGUGCAGCCUGUAGGCAUGACCGAGCACACUGCUGUCAGGGGCCGAUUUCUAAUUAACUGAGGUACCUGUAUUGGUGACGUAGAUGCGCUCAUGUGGAGGGGGGAGUGAGGGAUGGAGUCGGGUCGGAGCAGAGCGGGGUCUCACGCGGAGCUGAGGUACUUUGGUUCAGUCUGUGGCAGAAUCGAGAGAACCAGUUGCCGGACACCAUCAACGGAAAACAAUCAGCGUUCAACUGUGCAAGAUUUAGAGCUUUGCUAAUAAAGAUAUACUUAUGGUAGAUGGCAUUGUCGGAGACAGCCGGAGGGGAUUCUUCAGCCCAUUUCUCAAGCUGAAUCCAAAUGACACUUCCUCCACCCAAAAGUCCCCCGAUGACCACAGAACUCCACCUAUAUUCGGAGGAUGCUGCACAAUGUGUGACACGGUCGUCCGACCGCAAUUGAUUGGUGCAAGAAGCGUCCUUCCCUCAACCAGAGCAUGACACUCUCAGCAGUGGACAGUUGGAAAAGGGCUUCGGAAAUGAACCCCUGUGGACAGCCACAAGACUGGGUCAGUGGCAGGAGCACGGCUAGGUAAAGAAGCAGAGGUCUUCGUGUGAGGAGAGAAAGCAUACAACUAAAAAAGUGGGGGGCAAACGAUCGCAUCAGCAAAGACACAACCUCAAAUCAUGGGGAUACAGCAUCUUCUGCUUCUUUUGAUUUACUUGGACCCGCUGAAUGUACUGUGCGCGGCUACAGCCAACAAGAAGAAAAACGCUCCAAAGCGGAAUCAGAAGAUGAAGGAGGUGAACGGCACGGAGGCGCCUACUGCGGUUCCGCGGCGAAACACUCAGGUCCAGGCACCUUCGAUCGCUACCCAUGACACGUGCCUGGGCUACUAUGACGUGAGCGGAGCGUACGAUAAAGUGUUCGAGUGCAACAACACCGAGCACCGCUACUGUUGUGGAAGUUGUUUCCUGCGCUAUUGCUGUGCAGAAAAAGGGAAACGCAUAGAACAGAAAACUUGCACAAAUUAUAACACCCCAGAUUGGAUCAAAACGCAGCCUCCCUCCCCGGCACCAACAGGUGACACUUACGACCCUGACUUGGAUCAGACUAACACAACGGUAUACAUCACCUGUGGUGUCAUAGCUUUUAUCAUCCUCAUCGGAGUUUCUGCAAAAGUUGCCUACGACAAAGCAACCAAGCCCCCUCAGGAAAUGAAUGUCCAUAGAGCCCUUGCAGACAUUUUGAGGCAACAAGGACUAAAUAAGGAGAAUGAAAAUAUUGCAGCAUUGGAGGGUUCACCCAAAGACAUGGACACACCUCUCCGGACGUCCAAGAACCAUUACACCCCAGUUCACACCAUGCUAGCAAACCACGGGCACUACGGAAAAGAGAACUUCCGCCAAGGCCAACUUGAUCAUAACUUCAUCUCCUCUGGAUUCGUGACAGUGGGACGACCACACCUAAAAGCGCAGCACUCUGUAGACGAUUUAGGGCAGCUGUCCUGGCAGGGAGAUCUGGACGUUCCUAAUAUCUCCUACAGCAGCCACCAACAUGAUUAUCAACAUAGUCACCUGGAUCUUACCCAGGCCCACACACCUAAAAUUGCCCACAGACAAAUGAGACAUGAGAAGCCCCAGCGCAUGAACAACAUCCUAACCUCGCAGACAGAGCCAUACGACCUGGACAUGUCCUUCUCACGCUCCUUCCAGAACCUCACCCACCUGCCUCCCAACUACGAACUGGCGGCAAUGAGCAAAGCUGACUUAAGUAAAUACUCCUCUCUCCACAAAUUAAGUGAUAAGGACAUAGAUGAGUACUACAUGCGGAAGCGACACCAAGACUUGGCAGGUCGGCAAAUUCUGCAGCCGCCCCACAUAGUGAAGCUGAACACAGAGCCCCACCAGCAGCACCGUCAGCGGCCUCACCGUGUCCAGAGGGCCAUGUCCCAGGACCAUGUGCUGUCCCCAGAGAGGACCCCACGCCAUGGCUACGGCCUCUCAGCUUACAACAUGGGCGUCUCUUCCUACGGCAGCCGCAUUCUCUCAGAGGAGCAGCUGCUCUCCGCAGACCGCCUCCAGUCCCAGGACCCCCUGCUCUCGCCAGACAAGAUGCUGUCGCUGCGGCGCUCCAACUUCCGGGAGAAGGCCAUGUCGCGGGCCAUGUCCCAUGUAGACAUUAACUUUGUGCCCACCACACCUGUCAUAGACCGCAGUGAGCGCUACGCUAAGAUGCAAAAGAUGCACUCCCAUCCCACUACCAUCAACGACUCAUACAACACGCUCACCGUCAACCACCCGACCACCAACAAGAGGCAGCAGUUUGCCUCGCGACGGACACACACCGUGGACCAUCUACAGUACAUCCCAGGCCACCAGCACAACAAUCAGUACCGCACAGCCAGUAAGAACGAGGUAACUGUUUAACGAGAGGGUGGCUGGCCAAGGAUUGCUGUGUCAACAGACUGUCAACAGAUGAAAACAGCAGAUACUUCCAGAGGUGUGCAACCUCACCAUAGGUCUUCUUUUCAAAGUAGCCAACAACUAACCCUUCUUGCUUUCAGCUCAAGCUCUCAGUUUCAUUCAGAUUUGGAUCAUCACAACUAGAAUCAACCACAAAGACAUCUGUACUUUCUCUAUAGGGCAACAUAAGGGCUUUGCAUGUUGACACAUAAGGAAUGCUUUAUGUGAGGUUAUCCGGAAGAAGACAAUAUUUUUUUAAAAGUGGAAUUGGAAAGGAACUGGAUCAACUUUAUAAAUAUAUACAUAUAUUUACUAUUUGUAUUUUCAGUCCUUGUUAUAGCUUUAGAAAUUCUUAUUGAACUUAACUGGUGUUAGAACUUCAAGAGGUGCCUCUCGAAAUUGUUCCCAUUUCAACGAUGAAGUGGAUUUGUUGGUUAAAAAGCACAAUUAAUGGGUUUCUUUCUCUGUUGAUUUAUUCUUGUUUUUUGGUAACGGCCAGCACAUAUCAGCUUAUUAGUGGCUAUAGUGGCAAUUUCCAUUGCAUAAAUGAUUGUAAAUAGGCUAUAUUAGCAGAAUUAUACACUAAAUGAGAAGAGCUGGACAAGUGGAAUUGUUGAGUUUCUACCCAAGAGUCUACAGUCUUUUCACAAUUAAAGAUCACAAUUUCAGAUUAGUCCAACCCCUCAACAAAUACUUGAUACUAACAAACAUGUACAAUAAUGUGUGUGCGUAUGUGUGUAUAUUUUUGUAACUGUGCUUGUAGGAUGAUUGUGUAUGGCUAGGGUUGAAUCAACCUCAUGCCACUGUUAAUUAGCAGCUUUAGACUGUAGGCACACUACUCCACAGGUGACUAUGUAAACUAAUGCUUCGUUCAAUAGCUUCAUUUUCUGCACUCAUUCCCUCGCUAUAUAAUCCAAGUGGAUGACAUCCAUUUUGUUUUCAGUUAAGAAAAGCUGCUUUCAUUCUGAUAUACAGUAUUGUCGUAUAUUUGACUCCAUUCAUCAGAGUUGAAGAAUAAUAGUUGUUGUUAUGUGUUUACAAUUGUUACAUUGUUGCAGGUGUGUUGACGUACCUGAAACAACCGACAAAGAGGACAUCAAUAUAAUCACUAGCUAAGCAAGGAUUAAAACUGUGAUUUUUAUGUCCAGAUGUUUUCAUUAAAGCAAUGCCUUAUUGUGUGGAAGCCCAUACUCAUGUUCUUAAUUGUACAAUCACGCUUGUGUUUUUAUGUCUUGUGUCUAACAUGUUGAUGCGUAACCAACUUUUUAUGUCAUUUUUUUUUAUCAUGGAUGAUUUACCAGCACUAUAGAAGCAAAGGACAGAAUCAGUUUCGGUGAUAUACCUCAGAAUCUAUAGAGCACACAUUUUACAAGGAUGAAAUUCUUACAUUAACAAAAUGUUCUUUGAAAAGAAGCAAAGGAAGUGAUUAUUUUAAGCAAAAAACAAAUAUUUCACAUGAUAAAAAAAAAAAUCUUCCACAUUUUCAAAUUCAUCCAGACUUCCUUGGGGACUCCCACUGUGUCCUCUUAUACUUAUAGAGUAACAGACCCAUCAAGUACAUGAUUUGUCGUUGUUUUUACUUUUCAACUAUCUCUUCAGUUAACAAGAAAGUCCAAAUAUUAUCGUAAAAUCCUGGGUCAUGGAAAUGGGUAUAUGGACAUUUACUGUAGAGAUGUUGUUAUAUAAAUUUGCUGGUCAUUGACAAUUUCAAACAUUGUCACUGGUGUACUACCUUAAAUGUUAGGAGCUUGCAUAAUAUUAUUACAACUUGUGCAGUGUGUCCAUAUUUAAGACUUGAUUUUGCUUAGAAUUUGUCAUUACAACAGAGGCUAACAUUGCAAAAUUUUUUUGCAAAUUAUAUGCUUAUAUCAUUAUAUGACUAGCUAUACUAUACUGUAUGUUCACAUGCAAUGUAGACACAGUAGAAAUUGAUGCACUUGAAAUAUUAAGAGCAAUUAUUACACUAGUUUCAAACCCCAGUAUCAGCUAAGAUAUUGAGAGGAUGGCAACUAAAAUGUAAUUUCUUUUGAGGUUCAAUUUAAGGCCAGAGUACCAAAAGAAACCGUGAUAGUUCAAUGUGGAGUUUCAUAGUCCUUGUCAAGCUCCAGUGAUAGCUACAACAACAAAAAAUGGCUAUAAAACUAUAUCAGAGCAACAAAAAAAUUGAGCAACGAAAAAAUGACAUUUGAUAGCCCUGACUCUGACAUGGUGGGAGCUGCAACACUGUGUUCUACUGAUGUUACACCACCGGAAUCUCACAUACAUGUCUCUAAUCAACCAUCUAUCUGGCUCAAAUACAUCCACCCCAUCGCAGAGCUCCGGUUUUACUUUCCAGUCAGUCAAUGAUAUUGUCCACAAGAAGCUUUUCCCACACACAUGAGGCUAGAGCCGUAGGUUCUGAGACUAACGUGCUGCUAAGUUGUUGCGUCCCAUGAUCUAUCUGCUGUAAAAGCACUGUUUACUUUUGUUGCAAAUAUUCCUUGCCAUUUAUUAAGCUUGUAUUUUUAUGUGUCAAUGUGGUAUGAAUGAAAAUUCCUUUGUGUCUUUGUUGCACAAACAAUGGAGGACUCAUUUAAAAAGCUUCAAAGCAAGCAGUAUACGACUGUUCCUGUGCACAUGUUUUUGUUUACAGAUGAAUUAUUAAAGCACAUCCCAUGUGUAUUGUACAAAACAAUAAUCAGUUUAGUAAAUAUGUCUGGGGGAAUUUUUUCACAUGUUCAUUUAAACAAUAUUCAUGAAUUAGAGUGAAUUGGUAAUAUUGGUAUUAUGUUUUUUUUAUGGCUGAGUUAUAAACAUAUAUUAACUGUUUGUAAAGAAUGACAGAGAAAAAUAACCCACAUCUACUGUAUAUAUGGAAUUAUACAACUUGUUUGACAGUCUAAUAAAUGUAUAAACCUAAAUAUGUCAACAUCAAAUUAGCAUAUACCCCAUAGGGGCGGCAGGGUAGCCUAGUGGUUAGAGCGUUGGACUAGUAACCGGAAGGUUGCAAGUUCAAACCCCCGAGCUGACAAGGUACAAAUCUGUUGUUCUGCCCCUGAACAGGCAGUUAACCCACUGUUCCUAGGCCGUCAUUGAAAAUAAGAAUUUGUUCUUAACUGACUUGCCUAGUUAAAAAAUAGAUAUAAUACUAUGGACCUCCAGGUGAAGUUACAAAUCGUUGUUAUCCUGUCACAUUUAUUAACUAGACUAAAUGCUACUCUGAGAUUUUUGCAAGAAGUUGCCCAAAUUGCAACCUCACCCACAAGGUCUUACACGCCACACAUUUGGAAUACACAUGAAACAAGAUAAAGAAACGACAUCUUUAACCAAUGUAGUGCAUUGAUGACAAGACAUGCUAUAGUACAUCCCUUUGUCAUUAAAUAAAGCUUCCAGUCAAUUUGU